UGACUGAUUUGAUUUGACACAGUGAGUUGUGAGACCUGUUAGUAAAGGAGAGAGGGACAUUGUUGAUGAUGAUGCUGGGUCUGGGCUCUGUUGGAUUGGUUCUGUUAUCUCUAGCUGUCCAGAGUGGACAUGGAGCCCAGGACAGUGCUGUUUGGAGUAGAGAGGAGACCACUGAGAGGAAUUACUACACCAGGUACCACAACAUGUCAGAGAUUACAGCAUGGAUGGAGCAGAUGAAGAGGGAGAACCCAGAUGUUGUGUCCUCCAUGGUCUACGGUCAAACCUAUGAGAGGAGGAACAUCACCUUACUGAAGAUUGGUCUGAGUUCUACUGUGAGGAAGAAGGCUAUCUGGAUGGACUGUGGGAUCCACGCCAGAGAAUGGAUCGCUCCUGCUUUCUGCCAGUACUUUGUCAGAGAGAUCCUGAGAACGUACAAAACCGACACCAAGGUGAAUGAGAUGAUGAAAAAUCUGGAUUUCUACAUCACACCAGUCCUAAACGUUGAUGGCUACAUCUACUCUUGGCAUAAUGAAAGCACUCGACUGUGGAGGAAGUCCAGAUCUCCAGGAACAGGAGGCUGUACCUGCUAUGGAACAGACCUCAAUCGUAACUUCUACGCUAACUGGGGCAUGGUUGGUGUCUCGACAGACUGCUGCUCUGAGACCUACUGCGGGACCAAGGCUCUCUCUGAGUCUGAGGCCUGGGCCGUCACAGACAUGUUGGGGAAGAUGAGAGAAGACAUUCUGGCUUUCCUCACCAUCCACUCCUAUAGCCAGCUAAUCCUGGUGCCCUACGGACAUCCCAACAUCUCAGCACCCAACUACGAUGAGCUGAUGGAGGUGGGUCUGGGAGCAGCCAAGGCUAUAAAGGCUGUCCAUGGGAUGGACUACACUGUAGGCACCUCACCUGAUGUGUUGUAUGCCAACUCGGGAUCAUCUCGUGACUUCGCCAGGCUGAUCGGCAUCCCGUUGUCUUUCACCUUUGAGCUGAGGGACAAGGGCGAACACGGCUUCGAGCUCCCAGAGGACCAGAUCCAGCCCACCUGUGAGGAGGCCUACGCCGGAGCACAACACAUCAUCACCUACACACACGACAAGGCCUUCUACAGCUAUGCUGCCACCGUCACGGCAACACUGUGGACCACACUGCUGGCAGCCUGGGUCUCUAGCGCCAUCCUGCUGUAGACUGGGAGGACUGCAGGAGUCAGGCCAGAAGACAGUGGCAGUUUAUCAGUAUAUUCAGAAAUGAGACUUUGGACAAAAGUGAUAAACUGUCAGAUAGACUAUAUAAUCUGUUCAAUCACUUAUUUUAUCAACUGUGCUUUGUUAUUUGUUUCUCUACAAUUCUGCUGUAAAAUAUAACGGUCGUUAAAAGUGGCAAAACACAAACACGUUUGUACAGUAGUAUAUUUUGAAUGAACAUUUCCGUGAUAUAAAUAUACUCAACUGCUAUGUAAUGCUGUCGUAACGUCCUGCUUCUGUUAUCGAGCCCCACGAGUUCAGUGAAGGUCCAGUUCUACAUUAGAUCAACCUCUGCUCCGGAUGAAAGAUUUGACUGUUUAACUUGAUCAGAUCCAACAGCACCAUUGUGUCCAGUUGCUUUCACCUCUGUCAGGUUUCUAGUUUUGAUUGUCACGUGCACAAGUACAGUGGAAUGCCUUUCUUGUUUGCUCGUUCCCAACAAUGCGGUAAUCAAUAUCAGUAGUACUAUCAUUUGUAUGUAUAAACAAGUAAAGUAGAACAAAAACCCACUGUUCCUGGGUAGCAGAAGGUUACGUUGACCCCCUCUCCCCUGUCCAUGUGUAGCUGAGGAGCAUUAAAGGCGCUGCAUGGUCAA